AUGAAUUCGCAUGAUGAGCCACUCGAACGAAGCUUUUUAACAUUCGUGAACUUCUUUUCCAGGAAGUAUCAACAAUUCAAGGAACAUCGUUCCAAUUCAAUAUCUCUGAGAAGUGUUUACAAAGAUGAGCGGUCAUUAGGGAGGCGGUUUCGUGAUGCAAUCGGGGUACUUGAAAGAUAUUUGGGUCCGUUGUUCUCUUUGUUCAUGCCGAAUUUUAUUCACGUUCACUACUUUUACAUCAUUAUGAGUGGGGUAAUAACCUCGGUUCUAAUAUAUGGUCCCAAGAAUAUGGCCUAUAUCGAUGCGUUCUUUAUGGCAUUUGGAGCGGUUUCUCAAGCAGGUCUAAACACUGUCAAUAUGAAUGAUAUAACGUUGUACCAACAAUUAGUAUUGUACUUGUCUUGUUUUUUCACUACUCCAAUCUUUAUUCAUAGUAUUUUGGUCUUCUUGCGAUUAUACUGGUUUGAAAAGACAUUUGACGGUAUCAAGACCAGUUCCAAAUUGAACCAUAAAUUACGGAGACAAGCAACGUUGGCCGCGAGAACCGCCAGCAUGGGCUUCAGCGACCACCAUGAGGAUGAAGAAAACAAUGGGGGAAAGUUAACCAGAAUCAUAUCGAAAAUCAGUAAAGCAAUGUCUAUACACCCCACGGAAAUUGAUUCGUUAUCAAGUGAUACAGAAAAUGGGGUUGCCCAUGUGAUAGAUAAGGAAGGUUCGAACGGAACCAGUACAACUGCUAGUAAAAAUAACGAUAAAGGAACCAUGAUGGACACCCAACCGAACUAUCACACGGAUAUACCGAUGCGUGACUUGGGAAUGGACAAAGAAGUGGUGGUGGAUGAUCCAAAAGGACUCGGUGGAGACAAUGGUAUCAGAUUUGGUAACUUGCCAAUACCCCACAACAAAAAACAGCAUCACAAUACGGUGAACCCAAGCGAUAUGUAUAUGUCUAUUGCCAUGAUGAGAGAAAAGAACAAGAACCAAUUUCCCAAUGGGACAAAUCCUGAAGUGGAAGAAGAAGGGCCGGUUUUAAUUGUCAAAGGUCCAGCAGAACGUGAGAGACAAUUCAAAAAAAGAAAGCUUAGAAAGUUGAAAAAAAUGAAGAAUAAGGUUACAAAACACUUGGCCGAUGAAAAUGGUGAAAAAACGCAUAUUAGAACAGAUUCUUUCCUGAAUAUGAUGAAAAGCAAAUCUAAUUUCUUGAACAAGAGCUGGAGAAAGAAGUCGAAGAACAUUGACAAUGAAGAUGAUGAGGAAAAUGAAGAUAACGAGGAAAAUGAAGGAGAUUCUGUCAAUAGACCUUACAAUCAUCACAAGAUGAAUAUUGAAGAGGAUGUCUUGGAGGAAUCUGAUGAUGAUGAUGAUGAUGAUGAUGAUGAUGAUGAUGAUGAUGAUGAUGAUGAUGAUGAUGAUGAUGAUGAUGAUGAUGAUGAUGGCGAUGAUGCUGGUGAUGAUGACGAGGACGAGGAGGAGGAUAAUUAUUGUGAUGAAAAAGAGGGUAGUGGGAAAGGCUCUUCAAGCAAUCAUGAUGGCAGCGAUGAAGAGGAACCAUUUGUUCCAAACGUUAUGCCAAAUCAUCAUUCAAAGGAGAGAUCUCCGCUCUCAAAUGGAACUACUGGUAAACACUUUCAUCAAGAUGAGGAAUCUAUUGUCUCUCAAGGAUGCGAAUCUAAUGCUACAGAAGUGGAUCGAUCAUUAAAUGAUAGCAAAGGAACAACUUCUAUGGAUGUCAGAUUUUCAAACAAAUCUCAAAAUGAAAAACAAGUUUCCAUUCCUGAUGAUGGGGAUAACAUAGACGAUAUGAAUGAUGGGUUGAAGACUACUUUUAAAGAACCUAAAAGAAAGCCAUUGCACAAAAAAUCUAGAACUGGAUCAUCGACUGCUUUUUUCAAAAAGACAAAUGCUACGAAGAUCUUUGGGAAAAAUCUAAAGAAAGUGGGUAAAUACCCAUCAGUGAUGAUGGAUGAUUUGUCGGUUAUGGAUUCUCAUGUUUCUAAUAGAAUGAAGAGGCAAAUGAGCGCUGCUUAUUUAUCAUUCAACCCAACUUUUGGGAGAAAUUCCACUUUUGUGCCUAUAGAUCAUAAACAAAAGGAGGAAUUGGGUGGUGUUGAGUAUAGAGCUCUCAAGCUUCUCGCAAAGAUUCUAUGUGUUUAUUAUAUUGGGUUCCAUAUACUUGCCCUUGCACUCUUUGCGUUUUGGACGAUUCCCGAAACUGAUUAUAGAAAGAUCAUUCGUGCGGAUGGGGUGGCCCCAGCGUGGUGGGCUGGGUUCACUGCCGCUUCAUGUUUUAAUGAUUUGGGAUUGACUUUGACACCUGAUAGUUUUGUAUCAUUUGUCACCAACCGGUAUAUUUUACUAUGGGGCUGUUUUUUUGUCACUAUUGGUAACGUGGCUUUCCCAAUCAUGUUGAGAUUUAUAAUUUGGGUAUUGUUCAAGUUGGCGAGAGAUUUGUCAUUAUUCAAGGAAUCUUUGGCGUUUUUGUUGGAUCAUCCAAGAAGAUGCUUCACUUUGUUGUUUCCUUCCAUCCCAACUUGGUGGUUGUUCUUUGUGUUAUUUUGUUUGAAUAUGAUUGAUUUGGUAUUAUUUUGUAUUUUGGAUAUCCAUGACAAAGACUUGGAUCUGUUGUCCAAUAGUACCAAAGUUUUGGCGGCGUUCUUCCAAGCUAUUAGUACCAGAACCGCUGGUUUCACGUGUAUUAACUUGUCGACAUUGCAUCCUGCCAUUCAGGUUAGUUACAUGUUGAUGAUGUACGUUUCUGCUUUACCGGUUGCUAUUUCUGUGAGAAGAACCAACGUGUAUGAGGAACAGUCUUUGGGAAUCUAUGCAUCGGGGGCAGACGAAGACCAAUAUAAGGAUGUCAAUGAUUCUAGCAGCAGCGUAUCUUCGAAAAAUAACCGCAGAGACCUAACCAAGAGAUUUGUGGGUACGCAUUUAAGAAGACAAUUAUCGUUUGAUUUGUGGUAUAUUUUCUUGGGGUUGUUCAUCAUUUGUAUCGCAGAGAGCCAAAAGCUCAGGACUUUGGACGAUCCAUAUUUUACAAUUUUCCAAGUAUUAUUUGAGGUAGUGUCGGCGUAUGGUUGUGUUGGUUUAUCUUUAGGGUAUCCAAAUGACAACCGUUCAUUUUCGGCACAAUUUAAUGUGGUUAGUAAGUUGGUUAUUGUUGCGAUGUUUAUUAGAGGCCGUCAUAGAGGAUUGCCUUAUUCCAUUGAUAGAGCGGUCAUUUUACCAUCGAAAACUUUGGAAAGAAGAGACCUGUACCAAGCCCAUCAUUUCCGGGCUGGAUCAUUCUCUCAAUAUGAUGCUAUUGAAGAUGGGGAAGAAGGGUAUGAUGACACUGGCGAUCAUAAUGCCAGAAAUUCCAAUGUCAGUCCAAACCUUGAGAAAUGGAAUAAUUAUCAUAUCGCCCAACAAAGACGGAAUAUGGGGAGCAUUGAUGAUGUUCUUGACACAGAGACUCGGAGUGAGACCCAGAACAAUCUACUCAGUGAUGAUGUCAAAGAUACUCACCACAGUAGCCUGGCAAUUAAUACAGAUGACAAGCCUCCUUCGCCAAUUUCCGAUAACCAAAAAUCGCAAAAUCCAUUCAGGAAUGAUUCUGGUGAGACCGAUCUGGUUCCUAAGAGACCGUCUUUCGGCAGAAACGUGACCAUGGGGAAUCUUACUAGUCCUAGCUCUGAGAUCGUCGCGACGACUGAUCCAGUAUCAGGAUCAACUCCAGUUAGAAGAAACACUAUUACAUUUAAUUCAGACACUAGUUUCCGGACAAACAUGAAUAAUUAUCAACGUUUUGAUUGA